AUGGAACAGACUGCUCUAGUAAAGCAUGAGGGUGGAUUGCUGAUACGAUCAAUCUCACUAGGUGGCACAUAUUCCGCCACUCCAGACACACCGUCUCCCAUCUAUCCUGAUCGUCUCAUUCGACCUCUGCCAAAGCGCCCAUUACGCUCUCGUCUUUCUCCCGAGGCUGCCGAGUCGAUUCUAUUUCCGCCCGCUCCUCCUGUGUCACAGCUGUUUUACGGCUCGUACUCCGAACAUCAUGAAAGACAAGAUAGCAAAUACUUGAUGCGCCAGCAUUCCGUCGAUCCAUACAACCAUGAUCAUAGCCCCGAUCGAGACCACCGCCAUCCGUACGAGAACGGCGUCUCAGAAGUUGAAAGUGGAGAUGAAGGUGGUUCGGUGGUUGUUCGCCGCAGCGGCGGGUUUCGCGGGUCGUCGUUACCUCCUUCCACUCCGUACUCCAAUGAGCAGGCGCAAGAUUCGUCGCAAACAAAAUCAUCGCCAGUCGGGCUUGAUGGAUAUGAUGCUUUUGAAAACACCAAUAACAAAAAGAAACGCAAAAUCCCGACCUCUGGAACGUUGAAUAAUCAUCACUCGAGUCUGAGCACAGAUCUUGCGAAUAUGGGAUUAUCUGGAUCAACUCCUGGAUCUCCUGGCGGGCUAGGCGAUAGCGGGACUGGCACAUAUUACGGGUCUGGCAGUCCAGCCGCGUCGAAUGCAGGGAGCGGGAUUUCGGGGCCAGGGCGUGGUCGUUACGCUCGUCAUGCACCGCGUGUUUCCAGUGGACGCAAUUCACUUCCAAUGCAUCCUCAAGGCGCCUGGUUUGGUGGACGACCUGGCGGUAGCCGUCGGGAUUCAACUCCAUCGUCACAUAUCGGAUCAGGUGAAACCGGAACCAAACCAGAUCAAGGUAUAAUCUCAACGGCAAUAGCAAACGCUGCGGCACUUUCUCCGUCUCCAAGAGGACCCAACAACGUCAGUCUUCUUGAUCAACAAGCGAACAGACAGUCUCCCACGAAAACGCAAUUCACGUUCACAUGCGAAUCGGAUAGUUCGAAGAGUAUAGCUAUGCAAUCUACCAAUCCGUAUCCAAUGUCUCAUCCACGACUUCCGAAUUCAUCUCUCCAUGGACAUGCACCGAAUUCGCGUGAUUUUGCUACACAGGGAACGCAAACCAGUCCGAACAUGGGGACAAUGGGUGGAAAUCAGCAGUUACCGCCUCCUGCGGCGGGGGCACCAGCAGCUAAUCCUGGGCAGAGACCCAAACGGUCUCGUGAUAGUAUAUACGCGAUGGCUGCUCGUCGUCGGAAAAUUCAACAGCACUAUGCGAAUAUCCAUAAUCCGCCCAGCCCGGAAGAGUUUUGGAUGUGCGAAUUUUGCGAGUAUGAAGCUAUCUUCGGAGAACCUCCUCGAGCAUUGAUCCGGCAAUACGAGAUCAAAGACCGAAAGGAACGACGUCGGUUAGCGGAGAAGCGACGGUUGUUGGAAAAAGCCAAGAUGAAGGGUCGAAAAGGAAAGAAGGCCACGAAGAACGCAGCAAAACAGGCUGGGGCUCAACAACCGGCACACCACAACCAUGCUCCUGAGCAGGCUCCGAUGGACCCGCCUCAUCCGGAUGAUUAUCUGGGAGAAUAUGAGGACGAUGCCCCUCCGAUGCCCACAUCGGCACCUCCUGUGCCUCAGUCAACGGCUAAUCGGGGACCUGUCGGCAUACAUAAUGCAGGUCAUUCUCCGGCGGAAGGACCAACACAGACAAAAAGCAGGAUUGGUGACGGUGGAAUGAAUCGUCCAGCCUAGAUUAUUAGCCAGGCAAAUUGAACCGCUACUUUCCUGGAGGAGGGAUAUCGAUCCUCGAAAUCAUUCUGAUCUUCUUCCAGCACAAUGAAUGCGCUCACUCCGCUCGGUUCGUUGGCUUUUUGUUUCCCCCUUGGCUGUCAGGAGUUUUCUUUUUUUGGUUAUUUGCAUUUUUCUUUUGGUUCCCCCCCAUUUGCAUUCUUGAAUCCCCUCUCUUACCCCAUUGAUAUUCUAUUAAAUUUCGAGUUCAAAAUUGUCAGCAUGGUUGUUCUGCUGAUAGGGCAUAGUCAGCAUCAGUGGCGUCAAAGCAGUCAUGUCAUGGUCUUGUUGUACAAAGCUCCUAUCACCCAAGUCUGAUUUUGUUGUUAGAUACGAAAAUGUUAAUAAGGUGUCUUUUGGUCGGGCUGUACCUAGGUUGGAUGGUUAUGUUUGGUUUUUGGGAUUGUAUGUGUGUCAUACAGGAUAAGUUGAUGGCGAGAAGAAGAGGAGAGUGAGAGUCAGUGAGUGAGUCAGUUAGUGGUGAGUCUACUUCAGAAGCUUGUUCUCAAUGUAGCUGAGAGAAGUUGAUUAUGAAUGUGAAAUGAUGAGAUGAAGGUUCUCCAUAGC